UUUAGACCAGUUGCUAUAUCGGUCAUAACUCUCACGUUCGCACUCUAUAUUGUCCAUCCAUUUUAUCAAGAUUGUGAUCCACCACCAUUCAGUGUGGAACUGCUGGCUAUAGCCGUGAUACUACUUCUCUGUGGUAUAAACUGUUAUUCGGUUAAAGCUGUAGCCAGACUUCAAGACUGGUUCACAAUCGCCAAGGUGCUCGCUCUACUAACGGUCAUCUUGACUUCUGGAUAUCUUCUCAUAUUCGGUAAGACUCAGGGAAAUCAAUGUAUUGGGACUCAUUUGACCAUAUCUUCGAAGGAAAUUUCCGUACGUUUGGAUCCGCUGCAGUUGCAUUUUACUCUGGAUUGUUCGCAUAUCAAGGAUGGGCAUACCUUGAAUACUAUCACAGAGGAGCUCAUCAAUCCAAGACGAAAUCUACCUCUGGCAUUUUUGAUUUCAAUGACAAUAGUCACCGUGGUUUAUGUUCUCUACAAUAUUGCUCUGUAUGUUGUCCUUUCUCCUGAUGAAAUUAUUUUGCAUCCAGCUGCUUCU